UGCAAGCAUCACCAAACUGUGUGAGCACAAGCUAUUUGAUUGCAUGUUUUGUUCUGAGGCAGCAGGAAUCAGAACAACCAUGAUGAUCUCAGUGUACUUCACUCUGCUCUUUGUUUGGGUGACACCGGAUUUUGUGAGCUCCUUUUAUCUGAAGACGCCUUUUGAUGUCUUGGCUGUCGCAUUAGGGGACUCUCUCACAUUAAACUGCACCUACAAUUGCUCCAUCGGAUUUGUUCGCGGCUGUUGGAGUAAAGCAUCAGACAACUCUGGCUGUCACGGGACACUUAGCAAAAGCAACUUUUGCACAGUGUCCCUUCAUUUAUCAAAUGUGUCCACUGAAGAUCUCAAGAAGAACUACACUUGCUACACACAAGAUACAGAUGACCCUCACGUUCCACAAAAAACAGAGCUGGUUGUUUUACUGCAGCUUCAGGCUCACACAAGUGCUCCAAACUGGACAGUUACCCCAAAGACUGGGACUAAAAAUGCGUCUCUCCCUGUUAAGCCGAACGAUUCAAGUGGAGAAGAAUUUACAGGAAUAAAGGUUUUAGCAACAGUUACCGUCGCUGUGGCCAUGGUGCUUGCAGCAUUGGCCGUUUACCUGUGUCUGAACUGGAACAGACUGAGCUGGAACGAUAAAGGGGAGCCUGUUGUGUCCAGGUCUGGCUCACCACUAUCUCCUCACGCUGUCCUCUUGCCAGUGAAGGGGUCAGUGACACAAAGUGAAAGAGUGACUUUGAGGAUCCCUACACCAGACAACGAGAGUGACACUGAGGUCCCAUAUGCCGACAUAAUGAUCACGGUCCGAGGUGUCAGUACACCAGAGCUCACUCAGGUCGGCUACUUGACUCCUGGAGAUCAAAAUGAGUGGUGGGGAGAUGAUUCAAGGUCUCACCUGCAGGCCUCCCGCUCAGCUGACAGACUGCAUGUCCCCCAGCAGGUCAGCCGCAAGAUGAGCACCAACUCUGAGUAUGCAGUCAUCACAUAUGCCUGACUGAGGACAGCUGCUGCUGGGAGAGGAGAGGAGAGGAGAGGAGGGGAAGAAGAUGUAUAUAUAUGUACACACAUCUGGUAUUUGAUGUUCAUGCUAAUACAAGUCAUAUUUUUUAAGUAAUGCUAUUUUAUGUGUACUUCUUGUGUUGUUUUGUGACUUACUCUGUGUUUAUAAUGGACUUGCAAUAAAAAUCCAAUAAAGCC